UCUCAUUUAGUGUUGUUCUUUCCUUUGUUUGUACUCAAAUCUCCACCAAGUGUAGUGGAGCUGUCUUCUCCUCUUCCGUACCAGAGCCUCCGCUGUUCUUCUCUGAGCUUCAUUUCUUUCCAUCUCUGCAAAUCAUGUAACAUAUCUGCUCUAAUUUGGUUCUAUCUCCAAUGCUCUGCAAUCGUUUUCCACUCAGGUUUUUUUCAUCCGUGGUUUCAUCACUGAUCGAAGCUGCAAUGAAGGUUGUACAGAUCUAUCUGUUGACUAUAGUCUUGUUGUUCAAUUUGCAAUGCUCGUUUUCGGAUAAUACACCCUUGAACUGCUCAGAUACCACUCGCCUCUGCACGUCUUUUCUGGCCUUCAAGCCAAAUCCGGACCAGACCCUGGCUGUAAUUCAGAGCAUGUUUGAUGUUUUACCGCAAGAUGUAACGGUCGAGGGAAACGAUUUUGGCUAUUUCUUCAUCAGGAAGAACUGUUCGUGUAGUGCUUCGAUCAAGAAGUACCUGACCAACACAACUUUUACGGUCAGGCAAGAUAAAGGAUUGGUCUAUGAAAUGGUGAUGGAAGCGUACGGCGGUCUUGCCUUCACGCCCAAUUCGACACGGGAAGCGCGUUAUGGUUCGGUGGUGUCCUUGCAUCUCAUGUGUGGAUGUUCGAACAGGUUGUGGAAUUACUUGAUGAGUUAUGUGAUGCAAGAUGGGGACACGGUCGAAUCAUUGGCCAGCAGGUUUGGGGUGAGCAUGGAUAACAUUGAGUCUGUGAACGGAAUUGCAAAUCCGGAUAAUGUAUCUGUUGGGGCCGUUUAUUACAUUCCACUGAAUUCAGUUCCUGGUGAACCUUAUCCGCUAGAGAAGGAGAUUUCUCCUGCUCCUGUUCCUGUUCCUGGUCCAUCACCAUCUGUCUACACUGUCUCAGCAAAUCAAGCAAAUCAUAAAACUCAUCUGCCAUAUGGAUGGAUUAUAGGGAGCCUAGGAGUUGGUCUUGUUUUGAUACUCACAACUAUACUUAUCUGUGUCUCAUGCAAGUCAUCCAUCUGCUGUGCUGUCACCCCAGGAAGUCGUGCAAAAGAUCCUGAUGGAAAGACCUCUCAUAAAUUUCAUAUCCUUCGGACAACAAGUUUCUGUUGUGCUUCAGGACGGUCUAUCAGCUGCAAGUCAGAGAACUUGAAGCCAACUAAUGGAGAAUCUAACAAUCGCCAAAUAAAUAUUCCUAAAGAAAUGGAGACUGAUGUGUUUGACAUGGAGAAACCUGUUGUUUUCACAAAUGAAGAAAUUCAUUCUUCAACUGAUGGUUUCUCUGAUUCAAAUCUGCUAGGGCAUGGGACAUAUGGUUCUGUUUACUAUGGAAUUCUUCGAGACCAAAUGGUUGCAAUCAAAAGAAUGACUGCUACUAAGACUAAAGAAUUCAUGGCAGAGAUGAAAGUUUUAUGCAAAGUCCAUCAUGCAAAUUUGGUAGAAUUGAUUGGAUUUGCAGCUACUAAGGAUGAGCUCUUCCUUAUUUAUGAAUAUGCACAAAAGGGUUCUCUUAGAAGCCAUCUACAUGAUCCUCAGAACAAGGGUCAUACAUCCCUUUCAUGGAUCGUGCGGGUUCAAAUUGCACUAGAUGCUGCUAGAGGUCUGGAAUAUAUUCAUGAACACACUAAAAUUCAUUAUGUCCAUCGCGACAUCAAAACAAGCAACAUCUUACUUGAUAGUGCUUUCAGAGCAAAGAUUUCAGAUUUUGGACUAGCAAAACUUGUUGGAAGAGCUGGUGAAGGAGAAGCUUCUGCGACAAGAGUUGUAGGAACCUUUGGUUAUUUGGCUCCAGAAUACUUGAGUGAUGGCCUUGCUACAACCAAAAGCGAUGUUUAUGCAUUUGGUAUUGUUCUUUUUGAGUUAAUUUCUGGAAAAGAAGCAAUUACACGAACUGAAGGCUUGGUGAUGAAAAAUCCUGAAAGACGUUCGUUGAUGUCCAUUAUGCUGGCAGCUCUUAGAAACUCCCCCAACUCAAUGAGCAUGUCAAGCUUGAAGGACUGCAUUGAUCCUAAUAUGAUGGAUUUGUAUCCCCAUGAUUGUGUAUACAAGAUGGCCAUGCUGGCGAAGCAAUGUGUGGAUGAUGAUCCCAUUUUAAGGCCAGACAUGAAGCAAGUGGUGAUUUCCCUGUCACAGAUCCUUCUAUCUUCUGUGGAGUGGGAAGCAACUCUAGCCGGGAACAGCCAAGUUUUCAGUGGCCUUGUGCAAGGGAGAUAGAUGAUGGGUUUAGUUUAUUUCCACCCCACUACAUAGAGACAUCUUUUGUCAUCCCCGUGUGGACUUUUAUAUUCCUUGUGCAUGUGUGUGUAUAGUCGCAGAGAUGAUCCACUUAAAGAGGUGAGCAGUAGUAUUCAUGCCUGUCACUUAUCGUCUUCACCUUUUUGUCCACUAAAAUUGAAAAUGUUGUUAUUCUUUUGAUGUUCACUUUGUGAGAAAAUUUUGUAAUAUGAUACUUGAUAGAUAUAAAGGAAAAUUUCGGUUACUUUAAUCCAAAAUAAUCUAUAUAAGUAGCUUGUUUC